AUGGCGGGAGGGAUGGAGGCAGGGAGACUGGAGGUCAGGCUGCAGGGGCCGGGGGAGGAGGACCAGAGGAGGGCAUCAUCCACCCAGAACACCCCCACAGUCUCCACCUCCGAGCGCCCACUGCUCUUACGCUCAGAGAUGUACGGCAGCCUGCAGUCGCCAAACUUCCCGGAGCCGUACCCCCGAGAGACGCAGCUGCGCUGGAACAUCAGCGUCCCAGACGGCUUCCAGAUCAGACUCUACUUCAGCCACUUCGACCUGGAGCCGUCCUACCUGUGUGAGUACGACUACGUCAAGGUGGAGGCGGAAGGGGAGGUGCUGGCGUUGUUCUGCGGCAGGGAGGAGACGGACACGGAGGCGGUGCCGGCUCAGCAGCUCAUCACCUCCCCUACAAACUCCCUCGGCGUCCUCUUCGCCUCCGACUUCUCCAACGAGGAGAGAUACUCUGGAUUCAUGGCUCACUACAGCGCUGUGGAUGUGGAUGAGUGCAGCGACCGGACUGAUGAAGACCUGCUCUGUGAUCAUUUCUGUCACAACUACAUCGGAGGAUACUACUGCUCCUGUCGCUACGGUUACCUGCUGCACUCCGACAACCGCACCUGCCGAGUGGAGUGCAGCGAUGGUGUGUUCAGGGAACGCUCCGGUGUUUUGAGCAGCGUGGAUUUUCCCUCUCCGUACCCAAAGAGCUCAGACUGUUUGUACCAGAUCGAGGUGGAUCCGGGCUUCAGGGUGCGGCUCCAGUUCGACCCCCGCUUCGACGUGGAGGACCACCCGGACGUCAGCUGCCCCUACGACCACGUGAAGAUUAAAGCAGGCGGCAGCGACUUCGGACCGUUCUGCGGCGAUCGAGCUCCAGGAGAUAUUCAGACCGACAGCAACGUCGCCACCGUCUUCUUCCACAGCGACAACUCAGGAGAAAACGCCGGCUGGAGGAUCACGUACACAGCGACGGGAAGUCAGUGUCAGGUACCCGAAACCCCGCCCCAUGCCCUGCUAAACCCCGUCCAAUCAGAAUACUCCUUCAAAGACCACGUCCUGGUCACCUGUGAGCCUGGAUACCUGCUGCUGAAGGAUGGAGAGUAUUUCGAUCAUUAUCAGGUGGACUGUCAGUCUGACGGAUCGUGGAGCAGCAGUCUUCCUCACUGUCAAAUGGUGGAUUGUGGGAGUCCGAAGGCGGUCGCCAUGGCUGACGUGGUGUUUGGUAGUCAUGACAACAGCACACUGUUUGGAUCGACCAUUCACUACAUCUGCAGGGAGGACGCCUACCAGCUGAACACCAGCAACAGUUCGUACAGAUGUGGGCCGAGUGGAGUCUGGAUCAGCUCAGAGUCAGGAACCAGACUGCCGAGCUGCCUACCAGCCUGUGGACGUCCGUCCCGCUCUUUCCGCCCUCAGGUGAAGAGGAUCGUGGGCGGCCGCGGCGCCGAGCCCGGCCUGUUCCCCUGGCAGGUUCUGCUCAGCGUGGAGGAUCUGUCCCGGGUCCCGGAGGACCGCUGGUUCGGCUCGGGGGCCCUGCUGUCCGACUCCUGGGUCCUCACGGCUGCCCAUGUCCUGAGGUCCCAGAGGAGGGACACCAGUGUCGUCCCCGUGGCCCCUGAACACGUCAAGGUGUUCCUCGGUCUCCACGACGCUGGAGACAAACGUCUGGCCACCAACCGAUCAGUGGAGGAAAUCUUCCUCCAUCCGCACUUCCAACCCAACAACUACAACAAUGACAUCGCCCUGCUGAAGCUGACAGACCGGGUGGAGUUUAACGAGGUGGUCCGUCCCGUCUGUCUCCCCCCACCUCACAACAAGGAUGACACCCCCACUCCUCUUCCUAACUCUCUGGGUGUAGUUGCUGGUUGGGGAAUCUCCAACAUCAAUGCCUCCUCCUCCGGCGACCCCCCCACACUGACCUCCGACCCCACGGCACCCGCUGACCUCUUGCAGUACGUGAAGCUGCCGGUGGUGUCUCAGGACGAGUGUCAGGCGAGCUACGCCUCGCGCUCCGUCAGCUACAACAUCACCGACAACAUGUUCUGUGCUGGCUUCUUCGAGGGCGGGCGGGACACCUGCCUGGGGGACAGCGGGGGGGCGUUUGUGAUGGAGGACGGGACCAGUCAGAGGUGGGCGGUGUUUGGGUUGGUGUCGUGGGGCGGGCCAGAGGACUGCGGGAGUCAGAGGGUGUAUGGAGUCUACACCCGAGUGGCUAAAUAUGUGGAGUGGAUACAGAAACAGCUUCCUGCUGCCCCCUGGUGGUGA